AUCGGCUGUGUUCAAUUGUAACGUGAUCAACAGUCGCCCUCCCCCAUCAUUGUUCUGCUGCGUGUUGCUCCGCGUGGGUAUUGGCAGCUCUUGGUGAAACCCAGCUGUACUUGUCGACGAGAGGUUAUAUUUUCUUCGGAUCAUCCCAUUUCUCCAAUACGAUGUAUGACGAUUACAAUGAGUAUGACGCCUAUGAUGAUUAUGGGCCGCCUGACGUGCAUGAUCAGUACGACCGCCCGAGCUACCGGCAGGUGCCCGAGGUGGUCCGCAAUUUCUUAGUAUUCCUGCGCAAUUGCAUCAACGAAGGUAUGAUUUUCGAGAUUCAGAAUCUGUACGAGAAUUCAUUUCCCAAAAUAUCGGAGCAGCUGUUCGACAAGUCGCCAUGGCCGGACGCCUCGACGAUUGCCCAUAUCGUUGACAAUGAUGCAGUGUUUCUCACUCUCUAUAAGGAACUUUAUUAUCGGCAUAUCUACGCGCGUAUGCAAGGCCCGACAUUGGAGCAGCGUCUUAACUCUUUUUAUAAUUACUGCGAUCUUUUUAAUUAUAUUCUACAUCCGGACACCCCGGUGCAGCUGGAACUGCCUGAUCAAUGGCUGUGGGAGCUUAUCGACGAGUUCGUCUACCAAUUCCAAUCAUUUGCUCAAUAUCGCGCCAAUCUGUCCAAUAAGACACCAGAUGAGAUCGAAAAUCUAAAUGCGCAUAAUAAAAUCUGGGAUGUCCUGUGUGUAUUGAAUGUCUUGCACUAUCUGGUCGAUAAAUCGAAGAUAAAGAGCCAAUUGGAAGUAUACGCGAGCGGUGGCGAUCCAGAUUCUGUGGCUGGCGCUUUCGGUAGACAUUCCCUGUACAAGAUGCUUGGCUAUUUCUCGCUUGUUGGUCUCCUGAGACUGCAUUCUCUGCUAGGUGAUUAUUACCAGGCCAUCAAAGUUCUGGAGAAUGUGGAGCUCUACAAGAAAAGCGCAUACUCUCAUGUACCCGGCUGUCAGAUAUCGACGGCGUACUACGUGGGUUUUGCAUACAUGAUGAUGCGCCGUUAUGCAGAUGCGAUCAGAACAUUUUCCGGUAUCCUGUUAUAUAUCCAACGCACAAAGCAGUUGUUCGCUACGCGUAGCUACCAAAACGAUCAGAUUAAUAAACAGACUGAACAGAUGUAUCAUCUCCUUGCUAUCUGCCUAGUUCUACAUCCGCAGUGCAUAGACGAAGGCUUGCAGCAGGCUCUACGAGAUAAGAACUACCAUGAAAAAAUGUAUAAGAUGCAGUACGGUGAUCUCACUGAAUUCGAGAAUUGCUUCGUAUUCGCGUGUCCAAAAUUUCUAUCUUUGACACCACCAAAUCCGGACAAUCCCAAUGAAGAUUAUGUCCGUGAAGCCAUCAAGCAUCAAACCCAAGUAUUCAUGGACGAAGUAGUGCAACAAAAAAUGUUGCCGACCAUUCGUUCAUAUUUGAAACUCUAUACGACAUUGCCGUUAAGCAAAUUAGCCACAUUUAUGGGAAACAAUACUAGAUCCGAUAUUGAAGGCUGGGAUCUCGACAAGGAGGUCAAUGCAUUAACAAUCCAUUUAUUAUGCUUUAAGCACAAGAUGAAAAACAUCGUUUGGACAAAAGGCACAUCAGGAUUAGAUGGAAAAUUUCAAUCUGGCUCUGAGUUGGAUUUCUACAUUGAUCACGACAUGAUUCACAUCGCUGAUACGAAGGUAGCACACCGUUAUGGAGAUUUUUUUAUUCGAAAAAUCUUGAAGUUCGAAGAAUUGAAUCGCAAAUUGCAUCACAUAAAGAUUUAACUGUGAAUUUUACAGUUUGUAUUAUUAUACAAUUAUUAUAUAAAACAUCAUUAUUAUAUUAAAUCUUGAUAGUAUGUUUGCAGAAAAAAGGAAUAAAGUUUUCAAAAA